AUGUCGUUAGAAGUAGGUACGAGGUGUUGGUACCCAGACAAAGAUCAAGGCUGGGUCGGUGCAGAAGUGGUAAAGAACGAACUUUCUGAUGGAAAAUAUCAUUUAUCGUUGAAACUAGAGAACCCUGACAGCGAUGUAGUGUCUGUAGAAGCUAGCGAGGACGAAUUACCUUUGUUGAGAAAUCCACCGAUUCUUGAAUCUACCGAGGAUUUGACAUCGUUAUCUUAUUUAAACGAACCUGCUGUCCUACAUGCGAUUAAGAAAAGAUACUCACAAUUAAAUAUAUAUACUUAUUCUGGUAUUGUGUUGAUUGCUGCCAACCCGUUUGAUCGUGUAGAUCAGUUGUAUUCUCAGGAUAUGAUUCAAGCUUAUGCUGGGAAACGUCGUGGUGAGAUGGAACCUCAUUUGUUUGCUAUUGCAGAAGAAGCCUAUAGAUUGAUGAAAAAUGAUAAACAAAAUCAAACUAUUGUGGUAAGUGGUGAAUCUGGUGCAGGGAAGACUGUCUCUGCCAAAUAUAUUAUGAGAUAUUUUGCUUCUGUAGAAGAAGAAAUGUCAUCAAAUGUGGGAAAUAUUCAACAUCAAACUGAAAUGUCAGAGACCGAAGAAAAAAUUUUAGCUACUAACCCUAUUAUGGAAGCCUUUGGUAAUGCUAAGACUACAAGAAAUGAUAACUCUUCCAGAUUCGGGAAGUAUCUAGAGAUUCUGUUCGAUGAUCAUACUUCUAUUAUUGGUGCUAAAUUAAGAACAUAUCUGUUGGAAAGAUCAAGAUUAGUUUAUCAACCAACAGAUGAAAGAAAUUAUCAUAUCUUUUAUCAAAUGUUGGCAGGUCUAUCAAAAGAUUCAAAGGAAUCCUUAAGUUUAACCUCACCUGAUGAUUAUUUUUAUUUGAAUCAAGGUGGUGCCACUGAGAUUACUGGAAUAGACGAUUCUCAAGAAUUUAAAAUCACUACAGAUGCAUUAUCUUUAGUCGGUUUCGAUGAGCCAGCUCAAGAUCAAAUAUUUAAGAUCCUGGCUGCAUUGUUACAUAUCGGUAAUAUCGAAAUUAAGAAGACAAGAAAUGAUGCAUCGUUAUCAUCGGAUGAACCAAAUUUAAAGAUUGCUUGUGAUUUGUUAGGAAUAGAUCCAUUUAAUUUUGCCAAAUGGAUUACUAAGAAACAAAUCGUUACAAGAUCCGAAAAGAUUGUAUCGAAUUUGAAUUUUAACCAAGCUCAAGUCGCUAGAGAUUCUGUUGCAAAAUUCAUUUAUUCAACUUUAUUUGAUUGGCUUGUUGAAAAUAUCAAUCACGUUCUUUGUAAUCCUGCUGUGACCGAUCAGAUUAAAUCCUUUAUUGGUGUUUUAGAUAUCUAUGGGUUUGAACAUUUCGAGAAAAACUCGUUUGAACAAUUCUGUAUUAAUUAUGCCAAUGAAAAAUUACAACAAGAAUUUAAUCAACACGUCUUUAAAUUGGAACAAGAAGAAUAUGUGAACGAACAAAUUGAAUGGUCCUUUAUUGAAUUCAACGAUAACCAACCUUGUAUCGACUUAAUUGAAAACAAAAUAGGUAUCUUAUCCUUAUUAGAUGAAGAGAGUAGAUUACCAGCUGGUUCCGAUGAAUCAUGGACUCAAAAAUUGUAUCAAACAUUAGAUAAGCCACCAACGAAUGUUGUUUUCUCCAAACCAAGAUUUGGUCAAACGAAGUUUGUUGUCAGCCAUUAUGCUCAUGACGUUGCCUAUGAUACUGAUGGAUUUAUUGAAAAGAAUAGAGACACCGUAUCUGAUGGCCAUCUUGAAGUUCUUAAAGCCACUACAAAUGAGACUUUGUCGAAGAUUUUAGAAAGUUUAGAGCAAGCUGCUGAAAGAUUAGAAGAAAGUAAGAAGAAGAAGGAAGAAGAAGAGCAACAACUGAACAAGAAACAAGGCCCUAUGGGCGGUCGUAGGACAGUUCAAAGAAAACCAACCCUAGGUUCCAUGUUUAAACAAUCUCUGAUCGAAUUGAUGGAUACGAUCAACUCUACCAAUGUGCAUUAUAUUCGUUGUAUUAAACCGAAUAAUGAGAAGGAAGCAUGGAAAUUCGAUAAUUUAAUGGUAUUAUCUCAAUUGAGAGCAUGUGGUGUGCUAGAAACCAUUAGAAUUUCAUGUGCAGGUUUCCCAUCCAGAUGGACCUUUAAUGAAUUCAUCUUAAGAUAUUAUAUUUUAUUACCUACUGAAGAAUAUGCUACAAUUUUCCAACAAAAAGAAACAACAAAGGAUGAUAUCAUUAAUAUGUGUAAAAAAAUUCUAGAUAUUACUGUUGAAGAUAAAGCUAAAUAUCAAAUCGGUAACACUAAAAUCUUCUUUAAAGCAGGUAUGCUUGCUUAUUUGGAAAAGAAGAGAAGUGAUAAGAUGCACCGUUCCAUUGUUAUGAUCCAGAAACAUGUUAAAUCUCAACACUACAGAAAGAAUUAUUUAGCUACAAUGAAGUCAUUGAAGUUACUACAAACUGCCGCCAAGGCUUCAGUGGUUCGUCAAAGAGUUGACCAUGAAUUGAAAACAAAUGCUGCUCUAUUGAUUCAAACUGUUUUGAGAGGGUGCCAUGUCCGUCAUGAAGUUAAUGGUAUCCUAAGGACAAUUAUAGCUAUUCAAGCAAAGAUAAAGAAACAAUUAAAGCAAAAACAAAUGCUUGUUGAACAUGAACAUGAUGCUGCAGUGACAAUUCAAAGUAGGAUCAGAUCAUUUGUUCCAAGAAAGACCUAUCAAAAUAAUAAAAGAAGUACUAUUACUAUUCAAUCUAUGAUUAGAAGACGUAGUGCUAUGGCCCAAUUACAAACUUUGAAAGCUGAGGCCAAGAGUGUCAAAAAUCUACAGGAAGUUAGUUAUAAAUUGGAGAAUAAGGUUAUCGAAUUAACUGAAAAUUUGGCUGCCAAGAUCAAAGAAAAUAAAGAAAUGAAGUCUCAAAUUGAAAAAUUGAUGACCGAUUUAGAAGAAUCUGUAAUCUUGAAGGAUACCAUUGAACAAGAAAAGAAAUUACAUCAAGAUGCAUUAGAUGAAAAGGACGCUGAGUAUGAAACAAAACACAAAGAAUUAGAUGAACAAUUAGCCUCCGCUACUGCACAAAUCGAGGACCAUAAACAACAAAUGGCACAAUUAACCAUUCAACAUAACGAAUUAAGGGAUUCCUCAGCAAAGAAUUUGGAAGAGUUAGAAGAAGCUAAGAAACAACUAAGCGAUUACCAAAUACAAAACACAGAUCUUCAAAAUGAGGUGAAGACUCUAAAGGACGAAAUCACACGUUUGCAAGGUUCAAUCAAUAUGGGUACAGCAAUCAAGACCACAACAUUACCACAAGCUUCUACUGCUUCUUCUAUGAAUAUGAGUAAUGGUAACCGUAUGGCCAGUGAUGCCACAGGUGCCCCAGUAUUAAUGAAGACCGUCUCUACCUUAUCUAAUGAUGAAAACUCGUCUUCUUUAGCCCAAAUCAACGAAGAAUUAUACAGAUUAUUGGAAAAUACCGAGACACUAAAUGUUGAAAUAACUGAAGGAUUAUUAAAGGGAUUCAAGGUUCCGGAUUCUGGCGUGUCCAUUGCAUUAAGUAGAAGAGAUGUUGUCUACCCAGCUAGAAUUUUAAUAAUUGUUCUGAGUGAAAUGUGGAGAUUCGGUUUAACCAAACAAAGUGAAAACUUCCUCGCACAAGUGCUGAUUACAAUUCAAAAGGUUGUUACCACAUUGAAGGGCAGCGAUUUGAUUCCAAGUGGUGCGUUCUGGUUAGCAAAUGUUAGAGAAUUAUAUUCAUUUGUUCUUUUUGCAAGGCAAUCUAUUCUUACUGAAGAAAAUUUCAAGAAUGAUAUGAAUGUUGAUGAAUAUAAUGAAUAUGUUUCAUUAGUGACAGAAUUAAAAGAAGAUUUUGAAUCAUUAAGUUAUAAUAUUUAUAACAUUUGGUUGAAAAAAUUGCAAAAAGAAUUACAAAAGAAGGCUAUUCCAGCUAUUGUGAUGUCAGAAUCAUUACCUGGUUUCAGUGCUAGUGAAUCCAGCAGUUUCUUAAACAAAUUUUUCAAUUCUAAUGAUGGUUAUACAAUGGAUGAUAUUUUAACAUUUUUUAACAGCAUAUAUUGGUGUAUGAGAUCAUUCCAUAUUGAAAAUGAAGUAUUCCGUAGCGUGGUGACAACGUUGUUAAAUUAUAUUGACUCAAUUUGUUUUAAUGAUUUAAUAAUGCGUCGUAAUUUCUUAUCAUGGAAACGUGGGUUGCAAUUAAAUUAUAAUAUUACAAGAUUAGAAGAAUGGUGUAAAUCUCAUGAAUUGCCAGAUGGUGCUGAUUGUUUGAAACAUUUGAUUCAAACUUCAAAAUUAUUACAAUUACGUAAAUAUACCAUUGAAGAUAUUAAUAUUUUAAGAGGUAUUUGUUCCGAUUUAUCUCCUGCGCAAUUACAAAAAUUGAUUACUCAAUCUCAUGUGGCAGAUUAUGAAUCUCCAAUUCCAGAAGAAAUUUUGAAAUAUGUUGCAGAUUUAGUGAAACAAGAGAGUGCUGCCGUUGCCGCUGGUACCUCUAGCACCGAAGGCACCGAUAAAUCAGGUCUUAAGAAUGAUAUUUUCUUACAUACACCAAACGGUCCGUUCGAUGAUCCAUUUGUUCAAAUUCCAACUAGAGAAUUCGAUCAAGUAGAAGCUUAUAUCCCUGUGUGGCUGAACUUACCAAGUACAAAACGUAUCGUUGAUCUUGUUGCACAAAAUGUAAAUGUCAUAGAGUAA